AUGGCACCAAAGUUCCAGACCGUUAAGUCCUUCCAUGAUGUAUCAACGGAGCAAGGCGUCGAUACUCCCAGCUUCCUUGAGGCAUCCGAGGGGUUGAUGGAUCUCUUCGAUCUUUUUGGGAGUGUUGUCUUCGGCUUCGUGCAGACCGACCUCAGGUCAAACAUUGCGGGUGUUCGUGCGCGCUACGCGUCUCACGUCGACAAGUCGGAGACAUUGGAGAUGCUCGUUGUCUCCGAGCGCUCGGAGGAUCACCGACAUGGCACUGCAUGCUUAGUCCGUCUAGUCCGAGGUCUAUCAUUCACAUGCACCGCUCUUCAAGAAGCACAGCGAGACGAAAAGGCGCAGUUGCACGUCUGUUUUCGGCGCGCGUAUGAUAAAGUCCUCAAACACCAUCACUCGUUCGUCAUACGAUCCGUUGUAACCCUCGCCAUACGCGCUGUGCCCCAUCGUGAAGACUUCUUUGUGGCUCUUGCGGAAGGCGAAGACCAGAGCAAACUCAUGGAGGAGAUGCACAAAUGGCUCUCUGCUUUGGAUGAUAUCGUCCAACGCAUGUCGAAGUUCUUACACGAAGGAGGACAUGGCCGGGUCUAA